CUAAGCAUCGCCGCUGAGCCACUCCAGAUCAGUUCGUUGCGACACGUCGUGCGUUAAGGAACCCAAGCCAGAGAGCGCAUCGCAUCUUCCACAGAGACAGAGCAAAGCGAUACGAGUGAAGUGUGAAGCCCGAAUUGGCAGAUUAUCUUUUUUUUUUCGAGUAGUCGAUUAGUAGGAGUUUUGUGAAGUUAUUCGAAAUGCUAUCGAUGCAAGAGUUAAUAGAAGUGCGGAUGCAGCAGCAGCUGGCCCACGAGAUCUAUCGCCAGCAGAUAAUGCAACGCAUUCCAGAUCCCUUUCCGGCGAUGCUGCCUUUCAACAUGCCCCAACCGCAAAUCAUGCUGCCCAACCGCCCCUCUCUGCCCGGCGUGGAGGCCAAACUGGAGAACAACGAUCUGUGGCAACAGUUUCAUAAAAUCGGCACCGAAAUGAUCAUUACAAAGAGCGGCAGACGUAUGUUCCCCUCGAUGCGGGUCUCGUUGAGUGGACUCGAGGAGGAGGCCAGCUACUGCGUGCUCCUGGAGAUGGUGCCCAUUGGAGACUGCCGCUACAAGUUCUCCGGCUCCCAGUGGGUUCCGGCUGGAGGAGCCGAACCGCAGAGCCCCCAGCGAAUGUAUCUGCAUCCGGACAGCCCGGCCACAGGCGCCCACUGGCAGUCGCAAGCCCUGCUCUUCAAUAAAGUGAAGCUGACCAACAAUACCCUGGACAGCAGCGGACAUAUUGUUUUGGCCAGCAUGCAUAAGUACCAGCCACGCCUCCACAUCAUUCGCAGCAGUGAGCUCACCCAACUCCCCUGGGCCCCGCAGCAGGCAUUCAUCUUCCCGGAGACGGAGUUCGUAGCAGUCACAGCCUAUCAGAACGAUCGCAUAACCAAGCUGAAGAUCGACAAUAAUCCCUUUGCCAAAGGCUUUCGCGAGUCGGGACAGUCGCGGUGCAAGCGCAAGCUUAACAGCACCUCCCAUUCCAGCCCGGAAUCGGAGGAUGACGGUUCCAGCGUUAGCAGCUGCGAAUCGCCGCAAUCGAAGCGCCAGCGCCUGGACUGUGAGCAGGACUCACAAGGAAGUCUAUCACCAGUACCCUAUUAUCCGUCUUCAACUGUUGCUGAGGUUGCGGCUUCCCUUAGCCCCAGCCUCUCGCCCUAUCAUCGCCAUCCACUCAGCUAUGCCGCGCCGAACUUUGCAGCUGCCUAUUUUUGUGGAGUUCCUCAAGUUCCACCGAUGCCGCUGCCUUCUGCACUUUGUCAGGUGCCUACUCCAGUUCCGGUCAGCGCUUUGCAGCUAUCGACAUCCCCGGCAAGCUCAAGCAUCACAAACACGCCACGCACAACGACCUCCACCAAACGGAACAGCUUCAGCAUCUCUGCCAUUUUGGCCUAUUGAAAAGAGGAAGGGAAUGGAUGUUAGCAUUUGUUGUGAUCUGUGAGAGCAGUGUGCAUAUUUUUUUUUUGUCCUUUUUUUUUUAUUAAAAUUAUUUUUAAUAAUUUUGGAAAUAUAGUAAUAUUACAAUUAAUUAAGCAGAGCGCUAGCAACGAGGCCUUCGGCCUAUACAUAUGUAUGUAUGUAAGAUAUACUAAGCUACAAUCAAAUAAUUUGUUAAUUAGUUUUAAUUGUAUUUGGACAGAAUAAACAAAAAUAAAUCAAAUGAAAACUUAA